AUGGCCUCCCCAAAAAUAGCAAAACAGAGCAGAGUGGCCCGUCUUGGGGCACUUGAGUUGCGCCAUCUGAUGAUUGUUUACUCUCCAGUACGCCUUGGCAUUGGUCUUUCCAGCAUCGUCCUGCACGCUCGAUGCUGGCUCGUCCCGCCCUCUCAGCCACGGGCAGCGACUCAGACUCAUCCAGAAAAUGCGAGACGCGGACCGAGCUGCUGA